AUGGUACUGAUCGGCAUGCGCUGGCAACACGGCGACGGCACUUGGCACUACCAUGGUACAACGGCACACCAGCACGAUUGCCAAGGCUUACUGCAAGCGGAUGCUGCUGCAGACGUUGCAAAGUGUAUCGAGUAUCGGCCUGGCGUGGCCAAGCUUGAACUGAGUGAGGCCACUAACAAAAGUCAUGAGAACUUGAAUCAACCCGUCUUUUACGAGACUACUCACAGAGCCGCGCAAAGGACGUGCUCAAAAAAUAGGAUAGAUAGCAUUGAAUAUCGCUCUGAUAGCUACGCCCUCGAGGAGAUCUUGGUUGUAACGGCGUGA